GCCUCAAAGGCGGCUACAUGCGACGUGAGUUGGCAGUCUCGCGAGAUGAGACGUCUGACGUGUGCUCCAGCUGUCAGACAGAAGGUCGCUGCGGGACUUUUUGAACAGUGAACCGGGGACUGCGGCCUGUUUUGUGGAAAGCGGAACAGCUGGGCGUUCUGAUUGCUCUGACUGCUGGACUACAAGCCAUGCUGAGGGCGAGAGCGCAGCACCUGUUGCUAGGCAGAUUAUUGGGCCCCCAGCAACACAGCCCCACAAAGCUAUGGGCCUUCCUGAAGCCCAUCCCUACACUGUGCCCCUCCGAGCGUUUCCUAGGCAGUCAGACGUUACACCCGGAAUGGGGGGAACUGGCCAAGAAACAGCUGAAAGGCAAAGACCCAGAGAGCUUGAGAUGGCACACCCCCGAGGGUAUAGUCAUAAAACCUCUUUAUACAAAGAGAGACACAGAAGAGCUGCCCGAGGAGCUGCCGGGGGUCAAACCCUUCACCCGUGGUCCCUACCCCACGAUGUACACCCACAGGCCAUGGACUAUCCGACAGUACGCUGGCUUCAGUACGGUGGAGGAGAGCAACAAGUUCUAUAGGGACAACAUAAAGGCGGGCCAGCAGGGGCUCUCUGUGGCUUUUGAUUUGGCCACCCAUCGCGGCUACGACUCUGACAACCCUCGAGUCCAUGGAGAUGUCGGAAUGGCUGGGGUUGCCAUAGACACCGUGGAGGAUAUGAAAAUGCUGUUCGACGGAAUCCCAUUGGAGAAGAUGUCCGUCUCCAUGACGAUGAACGGUGCCGUGGUCCCAAUUCUAGCCAUGUUUAUUGUCACUGGGGUGGAGCAAGGGGUCCCAAAGGAGAAACUGACUGGUACCAUACAGAAUGACAUCCUAAAGGAGUUUAUGGUCAGAAACACUUAUAUAUUCCCACCAGAGCCAUCAAUGCGCAUCAUUGCUGAUAUCUUCCAGUACACCUCCCAGCACAUGCCAAAGUUCAAUUCCAUCUCCAUCAGUGGGUACCACAUGCAAGAAGCGGGUGCGGAUGCAAUUUUGGAGUUGGCUUAUACAGUAGCAGACGGGCUGGAAUACUGCCGAACGGGCCUGACAGCAGGACUCACCAUUGAUGAGUUUGCACCCAGGUUGUCAUUCUUUUGGGGCAUUGGAAUGAAUUUCUACAUGGAAAUAGCCAAGAUGAGAGCCGGAAGGAGGCUGUGGGCUAACCUCAUAGAGAAGAACUUUCAGCCCAAGGACAAGAAGUCACUGUUGCUGAGAGCUCAUUGCCAGACAUCAGGGUGGUCACUAACUGAGCAGGACCCCUACAACAAUGUUAUAAGGACAGUGAUUGAGGCGAUGGCUGCUGUGUUUGGGGGAACUCAGUCACUGCACACAAACUCGUUUGAUGAAGCACUGGGGCUGCCGACUGUGAAAAGCGCCCGUAUAGCUAGGAACACCCAGAUCAUAAUCCAGGAAGAGUCUGGGAUCCCCAAGGUGGCCGACCCCUGGGGGGGAUCCUAUAUGAUGGAGUGCCUGACUGAGGAUGUAUACCAAGCUGCACUCAAGCUCAUUAAUGAAAUAGAAGAAAUGGGCGGCAUGGCUCGAGCAGUGGCUGAGGGGAUUCCUAAACUCCGUAUCGAAGAAUGCGCAGCACGAAGACAGGCUAGGAUCGAUUCAGGUUCUGAAGUCAUCGUCGGAGUGAAUAAGUAUAAACUGGAAAAAGAAGAGUCCGUUGAGGUCCUUGCCAUUGACAACACCUCUGUGCGCAACCGACAGAUUGAGAAUCUUGAGAAGGUGAAAGCCUCCAGAGAUAAUGCCGCUGCUCAGCAAUGUUUAGCAGCCAUCACUGAAUGUGCUGCUACAGGAAAAGGAAACAUCUUGGGCCUUGCAGUUGAAGCUGCCCAAGCAAGAUGCACAGUUGGGGAAAUAACAGAUGCCAUGAAGAAGGUGUUUGGUGAGCACAAAGCCAGUGAUCGGAUGGUGAGUGGAGCCUAUCGGCAGGAGUUUGGGGAGAGUGAGGAGAUCUCCUUUGCUAUCAGCAGAGUGCAGAAAUUCAUGGACCGAGAAGGGCGCAGACCCCGUUUGCUAGUCGCAAAGAUGGGACAAGAUGGCCACGACAGGGGAGCUAAAGUCAUUGCUACUGGAUUUGCUGACCUUGGUUUUGAUGUUGACAUUGGACCCCUUUUUCAGACACCCCGGGAGGUGGCUCAGCAGGCGGUUGAUGCGGACGUCCAUUGCGUAGGAGUCAGCACUUUGGCUGCAGGACAUAAAACGCUUGUUCCUGAACUGAUCAACGAGUUGAGCUCCCUUGGGCGUCCUGAUAUUCUUGUCAUCUGUGGGGGCGUCAUCCCACCUCAGGACUAUGACUUUUUAUUCAACGUUGGAGUGUCCAGUGUAUUUGGACCCGGAACCCGUAUUCCCAAAGCAGCUGUUCAGGUGAUUGAUGACAUUGAGACAAGUUUGGACAAAAGGCAGCAGUCUCUGUAAUAUCCAUGUCUGACCCAUACAUUUAUACUUUACUGGAUAUUUAGAGUGAAUUUAGAGAAUAGAAGCCAGUCGUUGCCUCAACUGCAGAUGAACAGAAAUCAGACUGAAAUCGAAUUAUCUAAUGUAAAUAUAUAUAAAUUAUCAUUUAAAAUAAAAAUUGUUGUUUCUUAAA